AUGGAAAUCAUUACGGAGAGGUUCUACUCGAACCUUUUCCGUUCAUCAACUCCUGUGUCAAGCCCAGUCAUCCCCGCUGGCGAAGCUUUACCACGGAUUCUCCCUUCGCAAGCACGAGUCGCUAUCAAGAGCAUGAAACCUGACACAGCCCCCGGACCUGAUUUUAUAUCAGCAGACUUUCUUCGGGCUGGUGGCCAUCCGCUUCAUGUAAUCUUAGCAGCGCACAUGACAUCCUACCUUCAGAAAGAAAGAAUCCCAGACCAGUGGAAGACCUCGCGAACCGUUCUUAUCCAUAAAAAAGGUGACCGAGAGGACCUUCGGAACUACCGUCCGAUAUGCUUGCUGAGCGUGUUAUACAAAGUAUUCACCAAGAUCAUCUACACGCGCAUAUCUAGGAAGCUGGAUGAAGCACAGCCUCAAGAACAAGCUGGAUUCCGCCAGGGGUUCAGCUGCUUGGACCACAUCCCAUCGUGUCGAGGGUCAUAG